AUGACUAUGUUUUCAUGUUGUCAACUUCCAUUAGACUGCACAGAUGAAAAUGGAAUUAGUUACCAUGACAGUUCCGUAUGGCAACUGGAUAGCUGCACAUCGUGUACAUGUCAGCAUAGUGUUAUUACAUGCAUUCCACUACCAUGUCCUGAUACAUCAUGUUCACAUCCGUCCACGCCACAUGGUCACUGCUGCCCUCUAUGUCAAGGUUGUUUGUAUCUUGGGAUUGAAGUUGAAAAUGGUGAAAUAUUCUCACCAAAUGGAGAUCCAUGUUCUUCUUGUAGCUGUCAGAGUGGUACCGUAUUUUGUUCAGUUAUUGAAUGUUCACAAGUUGAUUGUCAACACCCUGUGGUUUCUGAUGGCAAAUGUUGUCCUGCAUGUGCAGGUUGUGAAUAUGAAGGGCGUAUACUUAGCAAUGGUGAAAGCUUUCACAAAGAUCAAUGUAUAAACUGUGUAUGUGUGCAUGGUACUGUUACAUGUCAAGGUCCAGAAGACUGUCCUGUCUUGAAAUGCUUUGAUCAGUAUCUCCCAACUGGGGAAUGUUGUGCUCGUUGUAGAAAUGGAUGUGAGUAUGAAGGUGUGGAGUUUGCUAAUGGCGAUUUCUUUACUCCAAUGUCCAAUCCUUGUUUGACAUGUUCUUGUACAAUGAGUAUUGUUCGUUGUAAUCCAAUGAGAUGUCCAGAUAUAACUUGCAGUCAUCCAAUAAAACUACUUGGUGCCUGCUGUGAAAAUUGUGCUGAUGGUUGUUUUUAUGACAAUAUGGAUUAUGGUAUUGGUGAGACAUGGACAACAUUAGAUGGCUGUAAACAGUGUACUUGUAUAGAUGGUAAUGUUGACUGUGUCAGUCAGCAAAUCUGUCAAGUAGAAUGUCAGCAUGGUGUAUUGCUUCCUGGAGAUUGUUGUUCACAAUGUACAGACUGUCUCUAUAAUGGGAAGACAUUUUCUGAUGGUUCCACAUUUGUUGUUAAUGGCGAGACAUGUACUCAGUGUAGUUGUCAAAGUGGUACUGUGCAGUGUACAACCCAAACAUGUCCACAUAUCAAUUGUCUGCAGACACAUAUUCCAGAGGGAUCAUGCUGUCCUGUGUGUAAAGAUGAUGGAUGUGUUGAUAACUAUGGAAGAAGACAUGAAAAUAACGAUGAAUGGAGACAUCCUGUUGAUAAUUGUGUUUUGUGUAGGUGUAUAGGAGAUACUAUAAAUUGUGAAACUGAACAAUGUCAACCUACAUGUUCACACGGAGUUAAAAAACCAGAAUUGUGCUGUCCUGUUUGUCAAGGUUGUUUAUAUCGAGGAGUAGAGUACCUUGAUGGUGAUGAUGUGAAUAAUGGCAAUCCAUGCAGCCAGUGUACAUGCAAUAGUGGUACAGUUGAUUGUAUCCCAAUUAUUUGCCCACAAGUUAGAUGUCAUAAUCCAACUAUACUGCCAAAUGAAUGCUGUCCAGUCUGUCACGAAUGUACAUACAGCCAAUCAACUUUCCAAGAUGGAGAAACAUUUGUGGACCCAAGAAAUCCUUGUCUGUUAUGCACAUGUGAGGCUGGUGUUGUGGACUGUAAUCGACUUGAUUUGGAUUGUAUUCCUGAGUGUAGUCACCCUGGUCGUAUGGUUGAUGUUUGUUGUCCAGUUUGUGACACAUGUGAAUAUGAAAGAAGAAACUAUGCAAAUGGAAUUGCAUUUAAUCCUGAUAGUGGUGAUGUGUGUGAUAUAUGUUUUUGUAAAGAUGGCAGUGUAACUUGUCAGACACAAGUUUGUGAACAACUAACAUGUAAGAAUGCAGUUCAAAAAUCUGAUGAAUGCUGUCCUGUUUGUGAAGUCUGUAUCGCUGAUGGCAUUGAACAUGAAGAAGGUGAAUCUUGGGAGUCCUUGGCAGAUCCAUGUGCUGUGUGUACUUGUCUUAACAGCAGAACUCACUGUCGUCACAAAGAGUGUCCAAUCAUGCCAUGUAAACAUGCAGCUAGAAUGAACUCAGAUUGUUGUCCAUCAUGUCAUAAUUGUGAUUAUGAUAGAAGGUUAUUCAGAAAUGGUCAAAUAUUCUUAGAUCCUUUGAAUCAGUGUCAACAAUGUUUGUGCCAGGAUGGAAGUGUUGAAUGUAAGCAUAUAGAGUGUCCUGUACUUAAUUGUCCAAAUCAAGUCACAGAUCAAGGUGAAUGCUGUCCUAAGUGUUCAGGUACUGAUUGUGAAUACAAUGGUCAUAGUUACUACAAUGAGGAAACAUUUUCAAAUCCCUUGGAUCCAUGUGAAGAUUGUUUAUGUAUGCUUGGUGUAGUGACAUGUGUCAGGAAAUCAUGUCAACCUGCUAUCUGUCCUUACCCCGUGAUUGAAGAUUGCUGCCAGUUAUGUGAUGGUUGUACUUAUAAUGGAGUCACAUACAGAAAUGGUCAGACAUUUUCUGAUUUUUCAGACAGAUGUAAAGACUGUAUUUGUCAGUAUGGUCAUGUCAAUUGUGUAGUGACUGAGUGUGAUGUACAAUGUAGUCAUCCUGUUACCAUUGACAACGCCUGCUGUCCUAGAUGUGAUGCAUGCUUUUAUGAAGGUAGACGUCUUGCUAUUGGACAAAUAUUCACGGAUCCUAACGAUCAAUGUCUCAUAUGUUCUUGUGAUAACCAGUAUAUUUUGUAG